CAAAUGGCGUAACGCCAGCGUGGCGUGUAUAUUUUUUCAAAAACAAACAGAAUUGCGCGUUGUUCAACACGCAAAGCGGAAUUUAGGCCGUAUGCAAGGCAUGCAGAUCAAAGCUGCGCUCAGUGUGAGGUGUUCCUUGAUCUACGUCCUCCAUGCCCAUAACAUCUACAAAGCUCUCCGUUUCAGCAUUUGUUGUUGUUCGGUGACGCUGCUGCUGCUGAUGCUGCUGUUGUUGGAACUCAAUGGCCAUGCGGAAAGGAGAGUACAGAUGAUGCACUAGCUGCACACGCCGAUUCGCACCUACCUAUAAUAUCAGAAAGAUUUACAUAAGUCUAUGUAUGUAUAUCUUAGAAAACACUCACCAAUGUAUUGCAUAGCGUACAGUGCAUAUAGCCAUCGAGGGGCUUAAAACAUUCCUCGCCCAGCUCCGCUUACCAUUUGUAUAGCAAAUGUGUUUUUGCAUUUGGUCAGCUCAUGACCUUGAACUUGACGCACAAAGGCAGUAACAAAAAUAGCGCAGCUCCUUGCACACGCGCAACAUUUACAUGCGUUGAGCAAAGCUCCGUUAUUUUGUAUUAGGCACAAGCAAGAAAGCAACAGAUGACUGUGGUGAAAAUGACCAACAACUCACCACGGACUGCACUGAGAGAGUCGUUGCGCUGCGCUCCGGCUCUGAGUGCAAACUAACGGUUAAUUGCUCGAAUCCUGGCUUCGGCAGCAAUUACGACGUAAUGAACUAACUAAUGAGCAGGAAAGUGAAGAAGGAAGCACCAAGGAACUGGCUCCCCAAUAGGGAUGUCAGGUGUGGCGUUCGAAAGCUCACUCUGUAAGCAAUCGCUACUCAUGCGCUAGCAGUCUCCUGUGUGCAUAGGUUUACAGUUUACAGUUACGUUGACUUGAAUACCACUUGGCAACACUUGGCUCGCAAUCCUAUCCUUCGCUCAAUUGAGGUUAUAAAACUGUCGACUUAGUUGUCAAAUGAAAUUUUCAUUCGAAGCAUUCUUGAAGUAAGGCCCGCACAGCUUGCAACGAUUUCAAGAAAGUCUGAAAGAAAUCAAGGAAAUCGUAGUCAGUCACAAAUACUGUGAAUUCAAGAAAACAACUGCAAUUUAUAGGAAAUAAGCCAAUAAUAAGUUUGUAUUACGGUUCAUCAUGAGCUUCGUAGUUUUCCUUUUCCAUUUUAAAGCCAUUUUCUGACUUCGCAGUUAUGGAUUGGUCCUCUGGAAAACAUCCAUUGCCACCAAAUGCCAAUAACAAGCGUCUUACCGAUAAUAACAAUCAAUCAAUGAUUGUGGAUCUGACAUACAGCCUACUACGUCGCUCGCCCAGAUCCCAUCAGCCGGAUGCUGCACAUCCAUUAGCAUCCUUAAAUAAUCAGACUGAUGACACUAUGGAGGUACCAGAGCCUGCUCCAGCCCCAGCACCAGCUCCUGUCCCGGUACCAGUUCCGGCUCCAGCACCAGCUCCCGCUCCGCCGCCGCCCGCUCCAGCUGGUCCAAUCAUAUUUCCGCCUCCAUUGGCCAACGGUCAGAAGCAAAGUCAAGACAUCAAUUUGCCGGCAGAUAUCACCGAAAGCGACGAGGACGGGAAGCACCACGCCUACGAGUGCCCCAUUUGCCUGGAGAACGUUUCGGGUCGCCAGCCGGCAACAACGAAAUGUGGCCACGUCUUCUGCUACGGCUGCAUUCUCUCCGUGCUGCGGGUCAACCACAAGUGCCCCAUAUGCAGCGUUCACUUGGCCACACGUCGCGCCAUCAAACGCAUCUACAUCUAGGUGUAGCAGGCACACAGAUUACACACCCGGGAAUCAGGCAACUCACUAUCCACAGAAAGAAGCGAAAGUAAGCCGAAAAAUAACUAUCGAGACAGGUCCA